CCUCCCGCUGAGGUGACUCUGCCCAGGCUCAGCGGGCGGCCGCGAGGGCGGCUGGCCUCACGCGGAGAGGCGGCGGGCCACGCCACCAGGAACGCUAGACAAGAGACUUCCUCACUGAAGUGAUGGCUCAUGAAACAGUGGAAUAUGAGCUUCAGAUGCAGUUGGACCAUCAUGCUGCAGAACAACCAGCUCCUGCUGAAGUGGCCAGCAGCCAGGGGGUCCUGCCUCUGCUCCAGCCUGUCCCUGCUGAAGUGGUCAGCAGCCAAGGGGGACCACCCCUGCUCCAGUCUGCUCCACAGGUGUCCAUUGACCUGACAGAGGAAGACGAAGAGGAAGAGGUGCUCUUAGGUGAAGAGCGUGUGGAGAACAUCAAUCCAGGAGCUUCAGAGGAGCAAAGGCGGGGAUCUGGUGCUACCCACACCAUCGAAGCACUUACAGUGGAGUCAGUGAACAGCGUCAUCAGUGGGCUGCAGACAAUUCAUGGCAUGCUGGAAUUCCUGAGACCUCGACGUUCAGGCCAAAAUGUGGGGCCAGUGAGACCGAGGAGGAGGAGGGAGUCUACCUCACUGAGGACAAGAGUUAGAGGGUCUCAGAGGACAGUCAGUGCCAGGUCGAGAGCACCAUUGGCUGCUUACUUUCAGGUGAGCAGGACCCAGCUUCACAUGCCAGCUACCUCUGAUGAUUCAGAGACUAGUAAUUCCAUGCCCGAAAACUUGGAGGUGUCUAGUACUUCUGAUUCUGACAGUGGCAGGUCUGCAGAGGAUGGAGUGGCAGUUAUGCAGACAGAGGAGCCUGGAGCUGUCAAUGUAGAAGGAAACAACUUGGCAGAGCAUCUAGGGGAUACUUCAACAGAGCAAGAAGUUACAUGUGACAGUGGAGGCGAGACCCUCCCCAAACAGCAGUCUCCCCAGAAGCCCAGUGCUCUUCUGCCUUCUCCUUCUAUGAAUGAAGAAGAAGCGGAAGUCUGCACAAUAUGUUUGGAACAGUGGACCAAUGCUGGGGACCACCGGCUCUCGGCAUUACGCUGUGGGCACCUCUUUGGGUAUAGUUGCAUUUCUAAGUGGCUCAAAGGACAAGCACGAAAAUGUCCCCAGUGCAACAAGAAAGCCAAGCACAGUGACAUCGUUGUCCUUUAUGCCCGAACCCUGAGAGCUUUGGACACUAGUGAACAGGAACUCGCGAAAAGUUCCCUCCAGAAGGAGCAGAUGCUAAGAAAGCAGGCCGAGGUAGAAUCGGCACAGUGCCGGCUCCAACUUCAGGUCCUCAGUAGUGAGUGCUAUAAGCUUCACAGUCGUAUUCAGGACUUGCAAAACCUUAUUAUGCAGCAUCACGAUGAGAUUAUGCAGCAACCCAGCGACUGCCAAGCACAUAUCCUGAAUAGCCUGCCCCCGAGCCAGGGCCAGCACAAAUACCACUUCCAGAAGACCUUCACAGUGUCUCAGACAGGAAACUGCCGAAUCAUGGCAUACUCCGAUACUAUGAGCUGCCUGGUGGUGUCGCAGCCUUCUCCUCAGGCCUCCUUUCUUCCAGGUUUUGGUGUUAAGAUGUUGAGUACUGCCAACAUGAAAAGCAGUCAGUACAUUCCAAUGCAUGGCAAACAGAUCCGAGGAUUGGCUUUCAGCAGUCGGUCCAAAGGCUUACUACUCUCUGCUUCUCUAGACAACACUAUUAAACUGACCAGCCUGGAGACAAAUACUGUAGUCCAGACUUACAAUGCUGGACGUCCUGUCUGGAGCUGUUGUUGGUGUCUUGAUGAUAAUAAUUACAUCUAUGCUGGACUGGCCAAUGGUUCAAUUCUCGUCUAUGACCUGCGAAACACAAGCUGUCACGUCCAGGAGUUAGUACCUCAGAAAGCCAGAUGCCCAUUGGUGUCCCUGUCAUACAUACCCAGAGCUGCCUCAAAUGCAUUUCCAUGUGGUGGAGUGUUGGCUGGAACCUUGGAGAACGCUUCCUUCUGGGAACUGAGAAUGGGCGUUUCUCAUUGGCCUCAUGUGCUGCCCUUGGAGCCAGGGGGCUAUGUAGACUUUCAGACAGAGAGCAGCACCCGGCACUGUCUUGUGACCUACAGACCUGAUAAAAACCACAAGACCAUACGAAGCGUGCUGAUGAAGAUGUCCUAUACAAUGAAUGACUCUGGAGAGCCAGUCUGCUGCUGCCAUCCUGUACAAACAUUCCUCGGGGGACCCACUUGUAAACUCUUGACCAAAAGUGCCAUUUUCCAAAACCCACAGAAUGAUGGCAGCAUACUGGUGUGUACUGGGGAUGAAGCAUCAAAUUCAGCCCUGCUGUGGGAUGCUGGCAGUGGCACAUUGCUGCAGGACCUGAAGACUGAUCAGCCUGUCUUGGACAUCUGUCCAUUUGAGGUGAACCAUAACAGCUACUUGGCUACCUUAACAGAGAAGAUGGUCCUCAUCUAUCGGUGGGAGUGAUGAUGGUCUUGAGACCUUUCAGGCAUGCUGCUGGUUAAUUUCAAAUGUUUGCUAGCACCUAGCAGCCCUGAGCAGGAUCCCUGCAUUUUGCCUGCAGCCUAGAAUUUUUGGGAUCAUGGUUCAUUUGGAUUAGUACGAUUCUAGUACUUCAGGUCACUGAGACACUACAAAUUGUGUAUCUAAUAUGUCCAUUAGAAGAAUAUGUGACUUGUACUCCGUCUACAUUGUCCAUUUCUUAUGUUUAAAGCCUUUAUGAAUCUUUGUUGGGAAUCUUUAUUUUCUGUCUGACAUUCUGAGGACCUUAGAGAAUGUCCUCUUAGCAGUCAUUUAGGAUAUGAGUGGGCAUCAAGCAUUUUCUGGAGGAUAUGACACCCCACCUUAGUGGUUUUGUCAUUUGGGCUUUGGGAGUGCUACCUCCUUGGAGGGACUAACCAUGUUCUUGAUGCUGAUUGGAUGCAGCCUAGAUGCAGAAGAGUCUUUAUUAAGUUGAACACAAGAGGGCACUAUAGAACCUUGUGUAGGGUUUGAUUUCUUUUUGACCUUGAAGGCUGACAACCUCUUAUUAGUAACUUGGUCUCAUCCCCACAGAAGUGUAUGGUAGAGCACAUCAGGUGUGCUUUGUGUUGACAAGUUGUGUUCCAGGCACAAGGUGCUGGAACGUUGGCAGGCUCAGUGAUGGAGGCAGCAGAUGAACUGUAGACCCUUUACUGAUGCCAUUGUGAGAUCUAAGGGAAGAGACCAUUUGUUUGAACAGUUCAGAAGACUUGUUUUUUCUAGCUAGCUUAGGAUCUCAGGAUUGGUUUUAUCUAAGCCAGUGCUUUAAUGACCAUUCCUUUUACCUCUCACUAGGAAAAGAUGAGUGAUAUGUCAAAGUGUUUACUUGAGUCUCCCUUACUAUCAGAGAUCAGGAGCAAGGACUAGGAGCUUACAAAAGAAGCUGCUUGUUUUGCUGUUGACAACAGGAGAAGGAUUUGUCUCUCCCAUUUUCAGAGAGUUCCUAUAAGAUUAAAGCUAAUCCCCUGGAGUGAGGGCCCGCUCUUGAAUGUGUUUAUAAUUCCCAGGUAAAGGCUUCCGCAUGUGUAAACAAUGUGAUUCCAAGUUCCUCUGAUUUGCUUCCCUAACCUUUGAUGAAAGUGUUAGUAAAAUUCUCAGGAAUAGUGGUUGGAGACUGUGUGAGUGGCAGGGAGGUGCCGACCGACUUUCAUUCCAGUCCUGGAUUGUCCAGCACUGGGAGCUGCACUUCUCUCCAGUAGAGCUCAGUUUUAUUUCAUGCCUUGCUUCGGGCUGCUCUGCCAAAUCACUGUCCACAACAGCCCAUGCUUCAGGGUGUGGGCAGGUCAGUGCCCUGCUUGUGGGAGCAGGGUGGUUAACAGUUUGAUUUUUAAAAUAAUUACUAGAUGUUAUCAUUUUUAUUAUGAAAUACUUAUGACCUGUCAACUCCUUGGCUGUUCCCAGGAUCUUUCUCUCCAGCAAGGAGUUGUUGCUAUAGAUUUCCCCAAACUUCCAAGUUCUAGUUGUGCCUUUUAAUGACCCUUUUCUAUUUGAGAACAUCUUUUUAAAAAGCCAGCUUCCAGGGCCUGGGAAAAACCAUCUUUUCUCAGAGGAAAUACUCCUUUUGAUAUGUUGAUGAUUAAGAGUGGCUAUCCAGGCCUGGAACUUCAGUGGCAGAAUGGGAUUGGAAUUAAAAAGCAGAACUCAUUUGGCUUCAGCAGAUUGCCACCAAGGGGCUCCAGGGCCUCAGGCCCUGACUGCCUUUGUUUGAGGUCUGGGUAGGGUUAGGAUUUUAUUUGCUUUGAAGUACAUUCAACUGAUGCUAAUUCAUUCCCCUAAGAGUAGGAACCAAGGGACUUAUUACCAGGGAUGUUGGGUGAAUCCUAAAUCUUGCCAAUCCUUACAUUCCUAUAAAAUUUGGAUGUUUUGGAAGCAAAUUUAUGUGACCAUGAUUGAUUUCUCCAAAAGGAAAAACCUCUCUGCUCCCAUGUUUCCUCACUCCUACCUCUAAAGUUCCCCCCACCCAUUUCAGAAUUUGGAGUUAAGCAAAUUCAAAAUAUCUUGUCAUUGUAUGUAUCCUUAUACCCACUUUGAAAACAGGGCAAUGUGAUGUUCGUUCAUGUUCUGUGUUUUAAUAUUUCUCUUAUGUUUUACUGUUAAUAUGAAAAUAAAGAAUUUGCCAUGUGUAACA